AUGUCUGUCUGCUGGUUCCAGGAGGACAUCAGGCAUAUUUCGGCACAGUGCCAGGAGUCUCAGCAAUUUUUUAAAAGUCAGGGAAUGGAAUGCCCUCCUCUAUACAAUCCAGCAGACUUUCUGCUGUCCAAGUUGAACUCUAGUCCUGAUGUCACCAAAGAAAUCUGCCAGAAUUUCUCCGACUCUCCCCUCAACGACGCUCUCAUCUCCGAGAUCGAUAGUAUCAAGAAAAGCAGUGGCAAAAACCAGUCCGUCUUUGGAAUAGAAGAGCAAUUCCUGAAGUUCUACUCAGUGUGUCAACCGACUCAUAAAACUCAAAUGAGUUGGCUCAUGUGGCGCUCAGGAUUGUCAAUGUUCAGAGAGUCUCAGCGAAUGAUGCUACGAUUCUUCAUGUACAUGAUGAUCGCCUUAUUUGUAUCCCUGCCAUAUUGGAGUGUGAAGAUUGAUCAAGCUGGAAUCCAAAAUUUGCAAGGUUUUCACUAUUCUGUCAUCACAGAGGCGAUUUUCAUGCAGACUUACUCCAUCCUGUACACCUUCCCCGCUGAGAUAGCCAUCAUGCUAAGAGAAAUCAACAAUGGGGUCUAUCAGGCCGGGCCGUACUACUUCUCCAAAGCAGUCGUACUGGUAUAAAACAACAUUAAUUAAUUUUUAUAUUGAACUAUAAAUAAUAUUGAAAUUAUGAAUAAACUAAAAAAUCCAAAAAGGCUUGGAAUAGUUAUAAAUGUCUGAAUGUGACCGUGUAACCACACACGAA